AUGCAGGCACCAGUUGUUUUUCUUAACACAUCAACACGCCGCCAAAGUGGACGUGAGGCCCAGAUUCAGAAUAUAACAGCAGCUAAAGCUGUGGCAGACAUUGUCAGGACAUGCUUAGGACCCAAGGCUAUGUUAAAGAUGCUUUUGGAUCCAAUGGGGGGAAUAACACUUACAAAUGACGGUCAUGCGAUAUUGAGAGAGAUCGAUGUUUCCCAUCCAGCGGCUAAAUCGAUGAUUGAACUUAGUAGAACACAGGAUGAAGAAGUUGGUGAUGGUACCACUUCUGUGAUUAUAUUGGCAGGUGAGAUCCUUGCACAGACUUUUCCGUACAUCGAGAAAAAUAUCCAUCCAGUGGUGAUUAUCCAGGCCUUAAAGCAGGCAUUAUCGGAUGCAUUGGAAAUCAUUGAAGAAGUUUCUAUGCCGGUUGACGUGAAUAAUGAGCAGGCAAUGAUCAAACUUAUUGCUGCUUCGAUUGGAACAAAGUACAUUGCCAAAUGGUCUCAGAAGAUGUGUGAGCUUGCAUUGAAGGCUGUGAAGACAGUUAUGAUUGAAGAUGGCGAUCACAAAGAGAUUGACAUCAAACGUUAUGUUCGUGUAGAAAAGAUUCCCGGCGGAGAAAUUGAGGACUGUCGUGUUUUGGACGGAAUUCUUUUAAAUAAGGACGUGGUUCACCCAAAGAUGAAGCGGAUGAUAGAAAAUCCAAGAAUUGUUCUUCUUGACUGUCCACUUGAGUACAAGAAGGCGGAAUCCAAGGAGAAUUUCGAAAUUACUAAAGACACGGACUGGAACAGACUCCUUGAGAUCGAGGAGGAGCAGGUUAAGGCAAUGUGCGAACAAAUAUUGACGGUUAAACCGGAUCUUGUUAUAACUGAAAAGGGAGUUUCGGACUUGGCCCAGCACUAUCUUUUGAAAGGUGGCUGUUCUGUGCUUAGAAGAGUCAAGAAGUCGGACAACAAUAGAAUUGCAAAGGCAACAGGAGCAACUAUUGUGAAUAGAGUGGAGGACUUGAAGGAGUCAGAUGUGGGAAAGAAAUGCGGGUUAUUUGAGGUGAAGCUCAUAGGGGAUGAGUACUUCUCGUUUAUCGCCAAGUGUAAGGAUCCUAAAGCUUGCACAGUUAUCUUACGUGGCCCCUCGAAGGAUAUUUUGAACGAGAUUCAAAGAAACUUGGAUGAUGCAAUGGCUGUUACAAGAAAUGUGUUCUUUUCACCUCGUCUUUCGCCAGGUGGUGGAGCUACAGAGAUGGCAGUUAGUGUUGGAUUAAGCAAGAGAGCCAAAAAUAUUGAAGGUGUUCAACAAUGGCCUUAUCAAGCAGUUGCCGACGCCUUUGAAGUGAUACCUAGAACAUUGGUGCAAAAUUGCGGUGGAAAUCCGAUCAGAGUGCUAUCGCAAUUGAGAGCCAGCCAUGUUAACGGAGAUUCUACGUUCGGAAUAAACGGGGAAACGGGAAAGAUCACGGAUAUGCGUGAGUACGGAAUAUGGGAGCCAGAAGUGAUCAAGCAGCAAAGUGCAAAAACUGCGAUUGAGAGUGCCAGUAUGCUUUUGAGGGUGGACGACAUUGUUAGUGGAGUGAGGAAGCAGAAAUAA